UAACUGUUGCAUUUAAAUUUCUCACUUUAAUUAUUUUUAAAUUUACAUAAUAUAUUUUAUGCAAAUUUUCUUUGGCUGAAAGUCGAUCGAAUAGUGUGUUUUUGUUUUUUAUUUUUCUUUUUUUUUCUUUAACACUCAGUUACUUAGACAGUUAGUCAGUCACUGGCUGCCUUUCGGGUGUAUGUUCACUUACCAUACGUAUAGAGAAUAUUCGAAUACACGCCCACUUGGAAUUUAGGUUAUACACGUUACUUAUACACAAACAUAUACAUAAACGUAUACAUGGAGGCUAGUAGGCAAGUAAUUUGUUUUUAAUAGUUUAUCUAAUGCUAUUAAGCAACAAUUAUUUGGUUGGCUGGUUGGUUAGUUGGCUAUACGUCGUAAAAUGCACUUUUCGAUAAUAUUUAUAGAGUGAAUAAAAUGCUUUUAAAGCUUCUGUUAAAUUCCGCUCAUAACAAUUAGUUUUAAUUUUUAUUUAAAAAAAAAAACUAAAUAAAUAAAUAAAAAAUAAAAAACCAAACCAAAAAAUAAAAAAAAAAAAACUUAAAUAAAAUUAAUAAUACAAACGCCUACUCAUAACCGUUAAUAGCGUUAUUAAAAUUGUUUUGGUAUGCAUAACAAUUUGCACAUUUGCAUAUGCUAGGGUCGUUGAACCAUAAAAGUGAACUUGUGCAGAAUAUAUAUAUAUAUAUAUAUAUAUAUAUAUAUAAAUAUUUUUUUAUUACGAGCUAUAAUUCACAUACCUAAUAUCAAAAUUAUACUGUGUGUGUGUGUACGUGUGUAUGUGCGCGUGUGCAAUGGGACCUUUCGAGCACAGUAGGCAUGUCGGCAAAAAUUAGGAAAGCAAGUUGAAAUUCAUCAUAUACGGUCAUACGCCCAUUUAGUAGCGAGUGUAACCUUUCAAUAGUUAUAGGACGAUCAUCAAUCAUAAACGAAAACAAUGCGUAUUCUUGUUGUAAUCGUUUUAAUUUUGUAUCAACUUUGAUACUCCUGAGGAACAGUUUCAAGAAAAAGUUUCGAUAUUAGUUGUACUAUGGAAUAGAAUUGUUAAGCUCCGCAAAAAGCCACAUAAGAGAAAAAGUAUUUGCGACUUGUGAUGUCUUAAUGAUGUUGCUGAAAAUAUGGCUGACGCUAAUGAGAGAGUUCUCUUGUCAUUGUUAUUGUGAAGUUAUAUUAAAUUUUGUAUUCUAGAACAACAUCGUCAGAGCAAAAUUUUUCAAUAUCUAUUUCAUUAUAAAAGCUUCUCGAUAACUCACGAAACCUAUAAAAGUAUGGUUGUAACUGUCGUGUGACUGGAAACAGCUCUGCGAUAUUGCUCAGCAUACGGCCGCUUACUUUUUUGCCGCUCAUUCGUCAAGUGUUACCUUUUCCGGAUGAAAGUGAAAGUUUAACUUGGUAGUAGUUUUGAAGAAGUAAGUAGACAUUAAAAAAAAGGUAACACGCCAAAAAAAGAGGGAAGUCUUAUUUUUUCUAACAGGCAAUGAAUAACUGGCGUCACAGAUUAUCGGAAACGCGUAACAUAUCAUGAUGCAGGGAAAGAGAGCAAUAUUCAUAUGGUUUUGUGUUCAGGUCACAAUUUCUGAUAUACGUUGAUGAAAUUUGCUAUACCGAUCUGCUUUGAUCCAAGCACCUGCGCUAUUGAAAAUGGUUCGCAUCGGCCCACUUUUUCGAUCAUUAAAAAAAUUGCAAUUUUCAAAAUGUUUCGGCAAAACUCGAUGUGUAAUACAUUAAUAAUACAUUUGAUUGAAACAUUUAGUUCGGCUGGGGUAACUUUCUGCAUUCCCUCUCAUAUAACCGUUUCUACGAAAACUUAAUCUCUAUAUGGCGGUAGAAGGUGCAAUUUUCAAUAUUUCAUGGUGAAAAUUGGUUCAAAAGUUCUAAUUGUUAAUAUUUUAUGACGAAAAUUUACUCAUGAUAGUAAUUCGAUGUAAAAAUCAAGUGGACUAAAUUUGAACCACCUGCGUCUAUUUCUUGAAUCCCAUUCCAUAUAAGAUUUCUAAUGAAAUAGUAGGCCCUUCAGAAAUUGAGAGUAGGUUUGUUUUCUCGCUGAUGGAAAACGAAAAAUGCUACAAAUUCCGGGAGUGUGGUGUUUUGGGUAUCCUCCGUCAUGAAAAGCACGCCUUUGCAUGCAAAUAAUGUGUAAUUUUUGGUAUCUUAUUACCAAAAUGCAUGAAUAACUAAACUAGGCAAAGCGGUGUAUGGUAUCCAAUAGUCGACACUGCCCGACUAAAAUGUUCUUGCUUGUUUUUUUAUUAAUUUUUUGAAAUAGGUAUUUGUUGUUGGUACGCCAACGAUGAGAAAACAUUACGCAAUGUUUAGAAAUGAAUUUUAAAUGUUUGCUAUCAGGAAUUCGCUCUGACGAGAUAAUCGACAUUGGGACAGAUAGAUUGCUGAUCCAUUUUCGAUUUUCUUUUCACGUUCGAUUAAAGUCAAUCGCUUAAUAAAUAAUAUUCUUUAUUAAAAGAAGAAAAGAUACUUAAAUUCGUUUACAAUAACAUUAUAAGCUGCGCAAUUAACGAAACAUUAGUUGUACGGUGAAAGGAUUGGGAUCCGCAAUCUCGUUGUUCUCGUUGCAAAAUAAUACAGAAAUGUGACAAGGCAGAUGAAUAUUGCGACACAGCAUUGUUAAGCACAGCAUCUUCGCAACACAUAAAAAAACUCGAUAUGAAAUUUCAAUAAGAAAACGUAAUCGAUUAGUGAGAGAGGAUUAGGAAAGUGCUUUCAAUAAAUUGACUAAGUUUUCUUUUAUAAAAUUGAAGUUACUGUCGCUAUUAACCGCACGUGUAACCAACGAUUGGCAUUUCGCUAUCUCAAGUGAUCGAUAAUAAAGAUCGGCCUCAAGGUGGUUAAGUCUUUGUCCCGCUUCUUAUACUCCUCGUCAAUUUUCCUUUUGUAACGAUAUAGGUGACACCCACGUACCUAUGAUUGUGGGGAAAGAAAGAAAUAAUCUUUUAUACACACCAACGGAGGAUGAGGGGUACAUUCAUUUUGUGAAAACGUUUGCAACUUGCAGUAGGAAGCAACAGGGACCCCAGAAAGUAUAUCUAUUCUUGGUUAACAUCAAAUUCUGAAUCGGUUUCAACAUAUCGGUCCACUUGACCAUCCGUAUAAUAAAUGUUGUACACAUUCUCCUGACCGCAAAAAUGAAGAGAUCGAUUUCCAGUUUGGCAGAAGCAUUGGAGGUUCUUACGCACAGGUAGGUAUUGAAAAUGGGAUAAAUCGGCUGAACGACAAGGCUACAGUAUUAAGUGAAUUAAGAACACCUCUGUUAUGCAAAGGAAAAAAAAUUGUUUUUUUAAUUGUUACUCAUAAACUAUAGCAGAGAAAAUCGAGAAAAAUUUGUCCGCUUAUUCUAGAGGCGAUGCUGUAGCACCUGUACAAAAAUGGUAAAAACUGACCACGCUUGCUCGACGUUAUGGUGCAUCAAAGUUUUGUUUGUUUUCAUUACCUUGAUAAAGCGCAGAAACAAGGCAAAGGAAACUGCAAGGAUCGCGUGAAGUAUAUAAAUCCUUGACUAACUAACUUUAACUGUUUGUUAUAAGAAUGAUGGCGAAAUGAGUUUGAAAGGAAUUGAGCUGACUGUGGGUUAUUAUUAGACUUUCAUCUCUGUUUAACGUUCUUAUUAGCUUUUGAGAUGUAAAUAUGUAAAAACAUGUAAAGCUUGAGAUUGCAGCAAUCUUCUUGCCCAUGCAUUUGAUGGAAACGCGAUAAUUUGCACUAAAGGUUGGAUAAACGACGAAUUAUUGUUUUUGGCCACUGUCGUUCAGCUUUCAAUUUACUUGUUUUAGUUUGAAUCAUAGCAACUUUGAAAAAAGUUUCUAGGAAAAAAUUUUGUUUAAAGAAAAUAAUUUUAUAGGAAUUUUGUGUUUUCGGCAAAUUAUUUGAGAGCAAUAGUCGAGAAAAUACAUACACGGAGAAUGCUAUAUCUUGUACAACGGGGUAAAGUACGCUCUCAAGUUAUACCUAUACCUGAAGGUUUACCCGAAGUUCUUGCGGAUAUAACGCGUGAGGUAUUACGCUGCCAACCAACUAGUGAAUGUUUAUGUCAAUUUAUUAUUGAUUAUUUGCACGCAGUUAUGGUUACACGUGAAAAGGCACAAACGGCCAAGAGCAUAAUUGAUACUGCCUUACAGGCGGUAGACGAAAUCGCAGCCGAUAUGUGCAUCUGUGAUAUACCCAAAGAGAAGUCCGAAGAGAUGAUUGCAACCAUGGAAGAUUGCUUUAAACGUUUCCUGGCCAAACGUCGAUGCGAAAUGGGCAGAGAGGGGGAGGUCGUGAAAUUUAACGAAGUCGAUUUGCUCGACGAAUUAAUAAAAAAAUGUAAAUUCUCUGAGAUUGAACUAAAAAUUUCGCAACCUCUCAUUGAAGCCGCUUACGCAAAGUUCGCGCACGCCUACGCAACGGCACAUAAGGAUGCCGAAGGCACUGAGGCCUUAUAUCAAUAUUUUCGGGAACGUGAUGAAAAACGUCGCCGCGAAAAUAGACGUUCGGUCGCAGCUAUAAAAAUACAGGCUUUCUAUCGCGGUUACAGUCUUAGGAAAUCGUUGUUUGAAGAGCGACCUUCGAAGCCAUUCGAAGAGGAAAGAGAAAGCGAUUUUGUGCUUCAAGAUGUUGCAGCUCGUAAAAUUCAACAUUUCUUUCGACAUCGUCUUAGUAGCAAACGAAUGACUGUCAGUUUUGAUCCCGUAAAGCCAGCGGCUGAGGAGGAUGUUUGCGAAGUUGAGUCUGUUGUCUCAAUGACUGCUCAUUUGACUGUCCAAAAUAAACCAGGGGACAAAGAGGAAGCAACUGAUGCUGAUCCGGCUGAUGAAACUACAGGUGGAGGAGAUGCUGCCUAGAUCAUUCUCUUUAAAUUUUCUUUUUUUUUUUUGCAUAUUUUUUUUAAAAGUAGGAAUUUGAGGUAUCUUUUUAUGCCAAUGGGCAGACAGAAAGAGAAACAGAAAGAGAAAGCGAGAAGUCGACCUUUAGCAUGUGUGUAGUUGUCAUUAUUUUCUUUUAAUCAUUAGAAGUGCAUAGGUUAGUUUUUGUUUAUUUUUUAGUUAUUUUUGCGUAUAAAUAAGCAUUGAAGAAAAAAAAAUGUUGUCGAUCACAGUACGGCGAGCAGUACAGCAGAGUAUGUGAGCGCUGAGAAAACAUAUUUGUAUCCGAAAUAUUUUGUUAAUAGUAGGUUUACCUAGACCCGAAGAACGCGUUCAGGCAUAUAUAUAUAUAUAUAUAUAUAUAUAUCUAACAUAUAAACAUAUAUUUACUUUACAUUUCUUUAUAAAAACAUGUAACAAUUUACUCUAUUCAUUAUAGCAGAAACCCCCUCCCUCCCCCUCAUUAUAUACGAAUCUAAAUUACGAGUUUGUCCAAUUGUCUUGGGGUGGCGGCGAUGGAUACUAAAUAUUCGGCCCAAGCCGAAUAUAAUAUUUUCAUCUAACAACUGAUCAGUUCGAUUAGGACUCGUUACGCGAGCGAUAUAGGUUUCGAUUUUUAUGUUUUGAGCAUUGCUUAAAUAAAUAAAUAAAAUGAAAAAAAAAAAAAAAAACUAAAUUUGUUGCUUAAAUCUGGAUAGUUGUGGCUGGUUUCGUUAUUUUCCUAUUACGUUCAACUAACCUCUGUAACAUCGAUGAAAUUUCGUCCAAAAUGAACCUGUAUUGCAUAUCUAUUCUAUCCUCAUAUUUGCGCAGAUAUCCGUGUGCAGGUCAUCUAAAACUUGUAACAAAUAUAACAAUAAUAGGAUUAUAGCGGCGGAUCGUUAGUAAGUGAAAAUGGUGUUUUCCCUCCUUAAGAUAGGGAAUGCCGAGAGAGGCCUUUGAAUAUAUACGUUUCGAAGAAUUCAAGGUCGCUUGUCGUUUUGUGCCUCGAAACAGUUAUCGAUAUUUUAAUCUUAUGUUAUUCUUAUGAUUUAAAUCAUUUAAGUUACUACGUGCUGUAUGGAUGGUUUAAAAUUCUUCGAGCACAGUCAUCGGAAGUCUAUGCUUAUGAUAUAUAAUAGAAGCAUAACAAAUCGUUUGACUUCAUUAAAGUAUUUGUUCAUAAUCAUACGUACUGUUCUGGCUUGAUCUAUAUAUAAAAUCAUUUUAAUGGUAAAGAUAUCUAAGUGAUGAACAUUCAAAAUUUGCCUUAAAGCAAGCUAAAGAUUUCUUCCUUCUUUUUUGUUGUUAUCUAUUUAUUUUUUUCUUUUUUUUUUUUUCGUUUUGUUUUUUUUUUUCAUCUAAAUGUUUUACAAUUUGGUUGAGUUAUAAAAUGUAACGGAACAUUGCCAAAAAUGUUGCUGAAAAAAAAAGAAAAUAAAAUCAAACGGAAUCUUACGCUUAAUUACAUUUCGUAAAUUUUGCAUAAAAUCUUGACAGUCGUGAUAUUAAAUGGCGCCACUAAUGCUUUUUUGAUAGAACAAAUAUCAAAAGACUUGAAAGAAUAAAAUAAAAAAAAAAAAAAAAAAAAAAAAAAAAAAUACAAUAAAUAAAAAUAAAUUCAUUAAAUUAAGACAACUUUGCAAAAAGUAACUAACAGCAAUUGCAUG